CUGUGUGCUCUCCAGGUCUCCCGCCGGGUUGUCCCGUCCCUCGCUCCUCACGGCUCGGAAGUGAGUGGUACGCUUCCCAAGAUGGCGCGCCUCUUGAGGGUGGCUGGCGCGAGCGCUGCAGGGUUUUUUCCCAGACUUCAAACUCCUGUUCCAACAGUAAGAACUUUUUCCAUGUCGCUGACCUCGAAUCAAGUGGCUAGUCCUGUAUGGAACCUGGGGCGACUCAAUCAUAUAGCAAUAGCAGUGCAAGACUUGGAAAAGUCCAAGGCAUUUUAUAAGAAUGUUCUGGGGGCCCAAGUAGGUGAGAUGGCCCCUAUUCCUGAACAUGGAGUGUCCGUUGUUUUUGUCAACCUGGGAAAUACCAAGAUGGAACUGCUUCAUCCACUGGGAAAUGACAGUCCAAUUGCAGGUUUUCUGCAGAAAAACAAAGCUGGAGGGAUGCAUCACAUCUGCAUUGAGGUGGAUAAUAUAAAUGCAGCUAUGAUGGAUUUGAAAGAGAAGAAGAUUCGUAUUCUAAGUGAAGAGCCCAAAAUAGGAGCACAUGGAAAACCAGUGAUUUUUCUCCAUCCUAAUGACUGCGGUGGAGUCCUUGUGGAACUGGAGCAAGCAUGAUUUCUGUUCUCAGGAAAUUAAUUGCCCUGAAAAAGCCUUAUCAAAGUGGACUUCAGCAUUGAGUCCUUCACUGCUUCUAUCACUUAAAGUUUCAAAAUUAAAAAGUAAAUUACAGAAAGAAA